ACCCCCUCACUAUAAAACUCCAAUCAUCCUUCUUCCUUUCCUUAAUUAACUCCAACCCGGGUCGGGUCUAUUCUCCUCCCGCCGUUAUUCCUCCGGUCCCCUGCCUCCGGCAGCUAUUUCCUUCCUUCUCUCGCUUAUUCGUCCUCCCAAACGCGGCCUUAACAGCGAAUUUCUGUUCUUACCAGAUUUAGGUUCGAUCGAUCGGAGGAAAUCGAAGAACUGAUUAAGAACCCUAGAUCAGAGAUGCGUGGGACGGGGAGGAAGAAGAUAGAGAUAAAGAGAAUCGAGAACGAGCCCCAGAGAAUGGUGACCUUCUCCAAGAGGCGCAGAGGUCUGGUCAGUAAAGCAGCGGAACUUGGGGAGAAAACCGGCGCGAAGGUCGCGGUUCUGGUUUUCUCCCCCAGAAACAAUGUUUACACCUACGGGGACAUCGCGGCGAUGUCCAGGGCCGUCGAAGAGGCGGCGGCGAAGAAGAAGAAGAGUGACGACGGCGGGAGCGGGCAAGAUAACGUUGGCGCGGCGGCGGCGGCGCCGUCCGGUUGCGGUGGUGGUGGAGAGCUUGAGGCGGAAGAGAUUGUUGGGAUGCUUAAUUAUGAUGAGAUGUUUGAAUGUUGUUCAAAAGGCGAUCUGCGACGCCACUUUGGUGGCCGAGGGGUGACAGAUGGUAGCAUUGUGACAAUGAAGAAGCGGCUGGCGAGCGGCGGCGGCGGCGGCGAUCAGGCCGCGGCGGAGGCCACAACCCCGAGAAUGUCGUCGUUCCGCAGCCGGGCGCGCGUGGAGGAGGAGCUGGAGCAGGUGUUCAAGAAGUUCGACGCGAACGGCGACGGGAAGAUCUCGGCGUCGGAGCUCGGGUCGAUCAUGUCCAGCCUCGGCCACGCGGCGGCGGAGGAGGAGGUGGACGCCAUGAUCCGGGAGGUGGACGCCGACGGCGACGGGUUCAUCGAUCUCCGGGAGUUCAUCGAGCUCAACACGAAAGACGUCGGCGCCGACGAGGUGAUGGAGAAUCUCCGGGACGCCUUCUCCGUGUUUGACGCCGACAAGAACGGAUCGAUCUCCGCGGAGGAGCUCCAGAACGUCUUGCGGAGCAUCGGCGAGGAAUGCUCUCUCGCGGAGUGCCGGAAAAUGAUCAGCGGCGUCGACCGCGACGGCGACGGGAUGAUCGAUUUCGACGAGUUUAAGGUCAUGAUGUUGACCGGGUCCCACUUCGAUUUCGCCAAUUCAAACUCUGGGUAAAUUAGUUGGCUAUGUCAUAUUUUUCCCAUUGUUUUUGUCCAGUUUUGACUUUUGGAACUGUUCAUCUAAGCACUUUGACUCAUCAAAUUCUCUCAAUGUGUAAGCCUAAAAAUAGUCAUGUGUGAUCUUGUUUGAUUCGGCUUAACAUAUAAAUUAUUAAUACGGAGUAUAUAAUUUUUAUAAUUUUUUAAUAUACAAAUUACAAGAUAAAAUGGAUUAAAGAAGUGCAUUAGAU